AUGGGCCCCUGUACCGCCUCCUCAUGCUGCUGCCAGGCCCCUAAUCUGCCAUGGGCCCCCGUACCGACUCCUCAUGCUGCUGCCAGGCCCGUAAUCUGUCAUGGGCCCCUGUACCGCCUCCUCAUGCUGCUGCCAGGUCCAGAGUGUGUCAUGGGUCCCUGUACCGCCUCCUCAUGCUGCUGCCAGGCCCGUAAUCUGCAUGGGCCCCCGUACCGACUCCUCAUGCUGCUGCCAGGCCCGUAAUCUGUCAUGGGCCCCUGUACCGCCUCCUCAUGCUGCUGCCAGGUCCAGAGUGUGUCAUGGGUCCCUGUACGGCCUCCCAUUGCUGCUGCCAGGCCCGUAAUCUGCCAUGAGCCCCUGUACCGACUUCCCCAUGCUGCUGCCAGGCCGUAAUCUGUCAUGGGCCCCUGUACCGCCUCC